CAGGGUUACAAAAAUUUCAAAACGGGAUCGGAUCCAAGCUUUCUUACAAACACAAUACAUAUCCAGGUUUAUUUUACUGCACAUCCAGUUCGGGAUAUGAAGUUAUGUUUCAAGUGCCAGUAUGUUGAGCAGAGUACCCAUGACCCACCGCAGGUAAAGGCUGUACCUAACAGCAAAGAAGAAUUUAUCCCUGUUUGGGAAGUACAAGCUUCAACGCCUUGCCAAGAAGGGAUCGCUCUUGGCGAGUAGGUAUAAUUGUUGCCUGUGAGUUAUACAUAUCUGGUUGGUGUUUUGCUACUUUGAUGUGUGGACAAGCAGGUUUUCUGCCGCCAUGGUCAAGAUGUGAUCAAGGACAUCGUUGGGAGAAUUCCUGAACUCAACCACCAGCACUCGCUACUACUGGAGGGUCUCGUUCAGUUGUCCAGUGGGUCACAACAGCCAGAAAGCGAUCGAGGAGUUUGAAUCUCGCCCUCAACGGGCCGAAGAUCACUGCAUACUGGAACGAAGAGGGGGAACGAAGCGCGAAUUCCCCUGAUGGCGAAACGACCAGGGAGAAGAACUGUUCGACCGGUUACCGCUGGAACGACGUCCACCUCGAUGGCUCUCACCCAGACAGGAACUAUCUUGGCGAUUUCUAGAAUCAUCCUUACUCUCUUCGGCUUGGAUCUUGCGCGAACGUCUUGCAAGUUGGCACUUCAUCCACUCUUUGGAUCGGUUGGAUCAGAUUAUAACUUCGAACGAUCGGUCCAAAUCAUCGAUUUCUUGCUCGUCCCUCUUGCGAAUUUCUUAUUUCCGACCCUGGUCCCGAGUACAGUGGCCAGCAGCUUUUUGGCAGCUUUCUUGGUUUGGAGAGCCCCUGACACCUUCGGACGCUUGCUCUCGAAGCAUUCAGCCAGACUCGGUGUUUCCCGGGGUCCACAUGUCUUUCAAUUCUUCGCUUAUUGGCCAAUCAGGCUGACUGGGAUGUCCGCUGGACAAGCAGCUGCUAUAAACCUCACAAAACAAUAUGCAACGCAACUUAGCGCACAAAACGACAAAAUGAUCGAGAUCGUUUGCUCAGCGUCACUUCCUCUGGCUGUACAUUAUUUAACUCGAGCGAUGAUCCCAUGGGCCAACCGGGUUCUAGGCCAUCUUCCACCCUGUCGAAUCUUCGACUUGACUCCCGCCUUAUUACUGGCUAUCGUGGUCAUGGGGUUGCUCAUUGAAGUAUCAAAACCAAACCGAUCCCUCACUAUCAAGAAAGUCAACGCGAGCAUUGCUUUGAUAUGCAUCAUCAGCUCGGUCCUGCUUCCAUUCCCAAAACAGCUAUGCCGAGAGUCUGAUGGUUGGAAGACAAGUCCGACUAGCAAUGUCAACUAUUCUCCAUUAGCUAGAAGACUCUCAUCAACAGGAAUGAUUCUUGUAGGAGAGUUCACUCAAGAGACCGGUUCACAAUUUAGGUUCAUGAGAUGUGACCACUCAUUGCUCGGCGGGAUAUGGAUAGGAUUAGCUAGACAGGAUGUCCUGAAACGCUCUGCUUCUCAAUCAACACGGACUAUGACUAAAGAUGAACUUGAGAUCCAAGCGGUCAAGGAAGCUGAAUCAAUCUACCCUACGUUUAUUCUUCAAAGCGCAGUCAGACUAGUUGAAAGAUCUGAUAAGAAUACCAAUUCAAGCAUAGGGAAACCCAAGGCGCUUAUUUUGGGAAUGGGCGUUGGCGUUUCAGCUCGUGUUCUGAUGAAAGACGGAGUGGUCACAACAGUCGUGGAAAUCGAUCCCAUGGUAUACGAAUACGCUCAAACGUACUUUGGUUUUCCCACGCCAGAUGGCGGGAUCUUUCUUGAGGACGCCAGGAUCUACCUUGAUCGACAAGACAGAAGGGAGGGGGGAGAUUUCGAUUAUGUCAUACAUGAUGUCUUCACGGGCGGUUCGGUCCCAUCCUCUCUAUUCACGUUAGAAUGCUGGCAGGCAAUUCGAGCAAGGUUAAAGGACGACGGAGUGCUGGCCGUGAACUUCGUCGGCCGACCCUUCUCCAAGGCUGCUUCACUUGUCUUGACGACCUUGUUUGAAAUAUUUCGAUUCUGUCGCGCUUUUUCUGAAGAUUCUGGCGGGCCGAUAUCCGACUCCGACUAUCAAAACAUGGUCAUAUUCUGUUCACCCGCCGGCAAACCCAGAUUCAAAAAACCAAUCGAAAUUGAAGGAUUUGAACCGAGUGCACAUCAAUCUCAAGUUCUCAAUUCAUUUGAAAAACACGAGAUCGAUCUUGGAAGACUUUCACCUGAUCGGCUUCGUCAAGAAAACCAAGACCAAGGAAGCCUCCCGAGUGAAUCGCUCAUUUUGACAGACCUAAACAAGGCGCAGCUCGAUCGCGCUCAGGUUCAUGACGCGCUCUUUCAUUGGGAGAUUAUGAGGAAGGUUCUUCCUCAUGAGUUGUGGAAUAAUUACUACUAUUAAUCACUCUUGUAAUCUGAUUUACGUACAUACAUCGGCCCGUUUCCUCCAAAAACGUUGAGCUAAUCGUCUGCUGUUUUAGUUGUGUGCAUGCAUAUUUAUCGUUCUUAGAAAACCUGAAACGUGUGUUUCAAUUCCCACUUCGUGGUGCACACUGCACUCAAGACUGCCCUUCUUUGCUUCGAGUGGUACGAAUUCUGGUCAUUCCACGUCCGUUUCCCGGUGAAUAUGAUGGGAUUCCGCCAGAAAGUGUCUGU